AGACGCAGUGCAAAAUUGAAGUGGUUAAGUAAAGACAGUUAUUAUAAUAUUUUAACAAUUAAAAUUAGCAUCAGUGAUAUAAUUAUUUGUAUUUAUAAAAAAACAAAAAACAGUCAAUUAGUCAUAUCAAGAGAGCAAGACACAAAAAAUAUUUGUGUAUAAAUUCCAAGAAAUAAAAUAAACUCAUUUAUUAUUGUUGUUGUCGUAAUAUUGAUCGUGAAUAAAAAUUAAAAAAUAAAUGAUCUAACAAUUAAUACAAUUUAUUUAUAAUUUUCAUUUUUUUUUUUUUUUUGUUUUUUUUUUUUGCAAUAAAUAAUAAAAUGAUAAAAAUGUGUGUGGUAUUUUGAGUUUGCUCAUGGCUAUCAGUGUAAGAUCGAGGAAGCAGCAGCAGCAUCAUCAUCAACAUCAGCAUCUCGGUCGUUUUGCUUGAGGUAUAUCUAAAUUUAAAGUGUGUAGGCAGAAUAAACGAAAUAAACCAUAUAUACAUCAACCAAAGUGACGACAAUUCAUAAAGUGACUGUCCUCGAAACGACGAGUCUAUAUUUUACUCCAAAAAAAAAAAAAUUUUUUACAACAUCAAAUUGAUUAUCAUAAAUAUUUAAAAUAAUAAUAAAUAUUAUUAUUUAUGCAGAAAUAUUUAAUAAUAAUAAUAAUAAUUUCUUAAAUAAAUAAAUAAAACAAUUGAAAAUAAAAAUUUAGUCGAAAAAAAAAAAAAAAAAAAGGGAUUGUAGCCCUCUCGGUUGUAUGAUUAUUGGCUGCGCGAGUUUACCAACCGGCGACGACAAACGUCGACGAAUAACAGACGACGACGACGACGGCAGGCGCACUGUGUAUUAAAAACAAAAAAAAACUACGUGAGUCAGUCGACGGUCUGCCGGCAAUCGGUGCAGAUGUUUUGACAUUAACUCUUCAAUUUUAUUAUUAUUAUUAUUGAUAAAAAAAAUUAAAUUGUGUGUGCUCCAAUAUUGCUGUUAGACACAUAAAAUUAGAAAAAAAAACAAAUUGAAGAAUUUAUUUAUUGUUUAGUGUGUUUAGAAUAAAUUUUUGAAAAUUACAACUGAUCAGUAUGGCUGCUCCAGUUGCGAGCACACGAUUCAGUGACAACUAUGAUCUCAAAGAGGAGCUUGGAAAAGGUGCUUUUUCCGUUGUACGAAGAUGCGUACAAAAAAGUACUGGAUUAGAAUUUGCAGCAAAAGUCAUCAAUACUAAAAAAUUAUCGCAAAGAGAUUUUCAAAAGCUCGAACGAGAAGCUCGGAUAUGUAGGAAAUUACAGCAUCCAAAUAUUGUUCGAUUACACGAAAGUAUACAAGAGGAAAAUUGCCACUACCUUGUUUUCGAUCUAGUCACUGGUGGUGAACUUUUCGAGGACAUUGUCGCACGAGAAUUUUACAGUGAAGCAGAUGCUUCACAUUGUAUACAACAAAUUUUGGAAAGUGUACAUCACUGUCAUCACAAUGGAAUUGUGCACAGGGAUCUCAAACCAGAAAAUCUUUUGCUUGCAAGUAAAGCAAAAGGUGCAGCUGUGAAGCUAGCAGAUUUUGGAUUAGCAAUUGAAAUGCAGGGUGAUGCACAAGCGUGGUAUGGUUUUGCUGGUACGCCUGGAUAUUUGAGUCCUGAAGUAUUGAAAAAAGAACCAUAUGGUAAACCAGUUGAUAUUUGGGCAUGUGGUGUUAUAUUGUACAUUCUUCUUGUUGGUUAUCCACCAUUUUGGGAUGAGGAUCAACAUCGAUUAUAUGGACAAAUUAAAGCUGGUGCAUAUGAUUAUCCAAGCCCUGAAUGGGACACUGUAACACCUGAAGCAAGAAAUCUUAUUAAUCAAAUGUUAACUGUCAAUCCAUCAAGGCGUAUUACUGCAAGUGAAGCCCUUAGGCAUCCGUGGAUUUGCCAACGUGAACGUGUGGCUUCAGUCGUACACAGACAAGAAACUGUCGAUUGCUUGAAGAAAUUCAAUGCAAGGCGCAAAUUAAAGGGCGCUAUUUUAACAACAAUGUUGGCGACGAGGAAUUUUUCCAGUAAGUAUGAUCCACAGGCUCGAAGCAUCAUCACGAAAAAAGGAGAUGGAUCACAAGUCAAGGAGUCAACUGAUAGCAGUACCACUAUUGAAGAUGAUGAUGUCAAAGAGGAUAAGAAGGGCGGCGUCGACCGGAGCAGCACGGUCAUUGCCAAAGAACCCGAAGCUUACGCGUCACAAGGCACACCGCCAAAUAGUCCCGCGGCCGGUUCAAUAUUCUCCAGAGUUAUCGGUGCUGCUACGGGAAAUAAACAACAACAACAGCAGCAACAACAACAACAGCAAAAUACAGGAAAUCCGUUAGGCAUUGCUGCUGUUUUACUUCAGGGUGCACAAGCUGGAAAUGGAAGUACCAAUGGAAGCAACAGUAGCAGUCCAAGUAGUGGAAGUAUCAACAGCCAGAAUAGUCAAACAGGCUUAUCACCUUCUACAGCAUCAACAGUCUACGUCACCAAUAUCAACAACACACAAAGACGAAACAACUCUUCGUCAACCGCACGUCGUCAAGAAAUAAUCAAGAUGACUGAACAACUUAUUGAGAGUAUCAACACUGGUGAUUUUGAAGGCUACACAAAAAUAUGUGAUCCUCAUUUGACUGCAUUUGAGCCAGAGGCUCUAGGUAAUUUAGUCGAAGGAAUGGACUUUCAUAAAUUUUACUUUGAUAAUGCUGUCCUAGGAAAAAAUGCAAGUUGUAAAGCUGUCAACACAACGAUUUUAAAUCCUCAUGUUCAUUUACUUGGUGAUGAUGCUGCUUGUAUUGCAUACGUCAGACUUACUCAAUAUGUCGACAAACAAGGAAUUGCACAUACCCAGCAAAGUGAAGAGAGUCGAGUGUGGCACAAGAAAGAUAACAAAUGGCAAAAUGUUCAUUUUCAUCGGAGUGCAGUGACGGGACCAUCACCAUUUUCUUACAACAAAUAAAUCAACAGUUUAUCUUGUCACUUAUUUUACUCCACAAAAUUAAUAUCAACUAAUAUAUAAUAAUAUAUAUUAGGUGGAAUUUUAUCGCAAGUCAUCCAUCAAGAAAUAAUAAAAUAAAUUAAUUAAAGGUAAGAAAUGAAAAAUAAAUAAUGAUAAAUGAUAAAAGAAAAUUAUUAAUAUUAAAAACAAUCAAAUAUUAAUAAUAUAAAAAAAGAAAAACAAUGAUAUAUUUCAUGGCCAGAUAGGUACUUAAACUUGUUGAUAUGUUGCACCAGAAUAGAUCAAAGAAAUAUGAAAAAUAAAUAUUGCAAAGUGGAGCAAAAAUAACAUUGAAAUAAUAAAUUAAAUAUGAAAUUGUUAUUAGCAUUGGUGAACGUGUCAUAAAAUUUUUCUUCUACUCUAAACGUCUCUUGAUGUGACGAUUUUAGUCUUUAAAAAAAAAAAAAAAAAACUAAAUAAUUAAUAAAUUAUAUUUAAAAAAAAAAAUUAAAUAAAUGACCUUAAACCUCUAAUUAAUAUAAAUAAUUGUGAAAUCAACUCGUCGGAUGGAGACUACCCUAAAAAGCAUUAUUAAAUAAUUAUAAAUGUAUGAGAAAAAAAAAAACAAAAAUGAAAUUCAAAAAAAAACAAAAAAUAUCGAAAAAGAAAAAAAAAAAAAAAACAAUUAUUUACUGUUUCUUCAACGAGAUCCGAUGAUUAACGAAGUCUGCUUACAAUUUAUUAUUAUUAGUUAGAGUAACAAAUUUUAUUAGGGGGAGUCACGAUAGAUAAAGUUUCGGCCCGAUCGAGCCUUAAUAUCGACCAACGUGCCAUGUAACUACGACUCUUAAAUAAUAAAAACAUUAUUAAAAAAAAAUAUAUAUAUAUAAACACAAAAAGUUCAAUGAAAAAAUUAAUUAAAAAAAAUAUACCAAAGUCUUAAAGACUGCAAUUGAUAAAGCAAGUCAAAAAGUUGAAUAAAAAAUAUGUAAAUUUAUUCAAAGAAUUUUUCGAAAAGAAAAAAAAAAAACAAUCCAGAGGC